AUGCCGGCCUCCUCAUUUUACCCCGCAAUUAACAUUCCCCAGGUAGAUCUCUGGGGUUUGAUGUUUGAAACCGACAAGGAGGAGAGAUUUCCUCAUGAUAAAGUGAUAUAUCGCGAUGCUAUUACAAGACGAUCGUAUACCUAUGCCGGUGUUCGGGACGCAGCUAUCUCCUUUGGAUCCGGCCUGAUAACGUCAUGGAGCUGGAGAAAGGGCGAUGUUAUGACAAUAGUUUCACCUAACAAUAUUGAUAUGCCCGCAAUCAUAUACGGGACUCUCUUCGCGGGUGGAGUUGUUUCGCCAGCGAACCCCAGCUACUCAGUUGACGAACUUGGUUUCCAAUUACAAGACAACGGAACUAGUGCUAUUGCAACAUCCAAGGCAUGUCUUCCCGCUGUCACCGGUGCUGCGAAGAAAAUUGGUCUUUCAUUUGAUCGGAUUAUUAUACUCGGCGAUGAGAGGGACUCGGACGGUCAAUUUCAACAUUUUGACCAAUUAACUGCGCCAUCAGUGUUCCCAAAAAUAAAUCGCGUACGUGUGAAUCCCUUGACAGAUCUUGCGUUUCUGGUUUAUUCAUCCGGGACGACUGGUUUACCCAAGGGAGUCAUGCUGAGCCAUCACAAUAUUGUUGCCAAUGUCUUGAUGGUUGCGUCCUCUGUGGGUACAAGUUACUCCUGGAGAGAUGACAAGCUGCUGGGGAUAUUGCCGUUCUAUCACAUUUACGGGUUAACUUGCCUGGUCCACCAGCCAUUGCACCGAGGGAUCGAAUUAGUUGUUAUUCCACAUUUUGAACUCGAGCUCUUCUUGCGAACAAUAGAGCAAGAGCGAAUAACUUUCACUUACCUUGCGCCUCCUGUUCUCGUGAAACUUGCGACCAGUCCCCUUGGCAAAGAAUAUGACCUGACAUCUCUACGAAUGGCUACUUCAGGGGCUGCACCCCUCACGCAAUCCUUGGUUGACACCGUUAAUAAACGACUGGGAAUAAAAAUUAAUCAAGCUUAUGGACUAAGCGAGACCAGUCCUAUAACGCAUACUCAGCCCUGGGGUGAAUGGUAUGACAGCGUGGGUAGCGUUGGAAAAAUGAUGCCAAACCUGACCGCAAAGUACAUGUCUCCGAAGGGCGAAGAGGUCGCGAAUGGUGAAUCUGGGGAGCUCUAUCUUAAAGGACCUAGUAUAUUCAAGGGUUAUUGGAAGAAUCGCCAAGCGACCGAAGAAAGUGUUACCGCGGAUGGUUAUUUCAGAACCGGCGAUGUGGGAUUUCAAGACCAAAACCACAAUUUCUACAUCACGGACCGAGUUAAAGAAUUGAUCAAAUUCAAUGGAUAUCAAGUUGCCCCGGCAGAGCUAGAGGGUUUGUUGAUUGCCCACCCUAAUAUCGAUGAUGUGGCGGUGAUUGGUGUUGACAUGGGACACACGGAGGUUCCUAGAGCAUUUGUGGUCUUAGCAGGUGGAAUUCAAGAAUCUCCUGAUCUCGCCAAUGAGAUUGUUCGUUGGAUGGACUUAAAAGUCGUGCAUUACAAGAGACUGAGAGGGGGCAUUCAGUUCUUAGACCAUAUUCCCAAGAGCGCCGCAGGGAAGAUUUUGAGAAAGGUAUUGAAAGAAAAGGUCAAGCAGGAAUUGGUGGGAAAAGCAAAACUGUAA